CUGCAGCCCUUUAAAAGGGGCAGAGCCUGUAGUGGGACAAGCAGGUCCUGUGUCGGAGACAAGAGUGCCGAGAACAACAGGUGCGGGUUUCCCAGCAGCUCAGGCAAGAGCCCAGGGCUUGUGCCAUCCUGUCCUGAUGUCUGGAGAGGUAGCUAUGUGUGACUCUAACUUUGGCAACGUCAAGGUGAAGGAGCCGAGCGUGGGUGACAGGUGGCGUGUGUCCUGGUACGAGCGGCUGGUGCAACCCUGCCUGGCUGAGCUUCUGGGCUCUGCCCUCUUCAUCUUCAUCGGCUGUCUGUCUGUCAUCGAGAAUGGGCCGGACACUGGGCUGCUGCAGCCAGCCCUGGCCCACGGGCUGGCCCUGGGGCUCAUCAUUGCCACACUGGGGAACAUCAGUGGGGGACACUUUAACCCUGCGGUGUCCCUGGCGGCCAUGCUGAGUGGAGGCCUCACCCUGAUGAUGCUCGUUCCCUACUGGAUCUCCCAGCUGUUCGGGGGGCUGAUCGGGGCUGCCCUGGCCAAGGCAGUGAGUCCUGAGGAGAGGUUCUGGAACGCAUCUGGGGCGGCCUUUGUGACAGUCCAGGAGCAGGGGCAAGUGGCAGGGGCAUUGGGGGCAGAGAUCAUCCUGACGAUGCUGCUGGCCCUGGCUGUAUGCAUGGGAGCCAUCAACGAGAGGACCAAGGGCCCUCUGGCCCCAUUCUCCAUCGGCCUGUCCGUCACAGUGGACAUCCUGGCAGGGGGUAAUGUGUCUGGAGCCUGCAUGAACCCUGCCCGUGCCUUUGGACCUGCUGUCAUGGCCAACUACUGGAGCUUCCACUGGAUCUACUGGCUGGGCCCACUCCUAGCUGCCCUGCUGGUGGGACUGUUCAUUAGGUUCUUCAUUGGAGAUGGGAAAACCCGCUUAAUCUUGAAGGGACGGUGAAGCUGAGCUGGUGGGAUCCCUGCUGCUACUGCUGCCCUCAGCUGAACCAUCCUCUACUUAGGACAGGACAGCUUCUGCAUUUCCUGCCAGGACAGAGGCCCAGAGGAGCGACUGACUCACUUCCACUAACUCAGGCCCGGCUUCUCAGACAGACUGCUGCUCAGUCCUGAGGAAGCUCUAAGUUCCUGGAGUUCCUUUGUGCUCAUCAGAGACCUCAGCCUGGGGAGCAUGUUGCCGGCACUGCCCAGAGAGAGGUGGAAGUAGCACAGCAGAAGAUUUUUCUUGAGAGGAAGCGCCCAGCAUUGGGAGAGGAGGCUGUUUCUGUGCAUCAGCUCGUUUCCUGCACCCUAUCUGUCUCCUUGUCUUGUUCCUUGGUUCCCCUGUUACAGAAGAGGCCUGACCACUUUCUUGCUUUCCGAGCUGACAAUCUUGCUUUGCAAUAAAUAGACCAGUGUUUCCUUCCAUGUA